AUGUGCAAAUCCUUCAGUGCCCAGCGGUCACUGCAUGCAAGCCCCAGCGCGCUGGGCGGGGCGCGAGCCGUGCGCAGCCCGCGGGGCGCACGUCAGGUGGCUGCCGCCACCGGGCAGGCCGCUGCUCCACCCACCACCAUGCCGUCUUACAAGCUCUACUACUUCCCUCUGCCGGGCAGGGGCGAGGUGGCGCGCCUGUGCUGCGCCGUCGGCGGCCUUGAGCUCGAGGAGGUCCGCUUUCCGUUUGACCAGUGGCCCAAGUACAAGGCCAUCGCGCCCUUCGGCCAGUGCCCGUUCCUGGAGGUGGACGGCACAUUCUUGGCUCAGAGCGCCGCCAUCGACCGCUACCUGGCCGCGGAGGCCGGCCUGGUGCCCAAGGACGCCUUCCAGGCCGCACUCGCAGACCAGGCCUACAACCUCUGCAUCGACAUCCUGACACCCCUCUUCGACACUUUCAAGGUUAAGGACGAGGCUGAGAGGAUCAAGGCGCGCGAGGCUGUGGUGGCGGGGCCGCUCAAGGAGAAGCUGGGCUACGCGGAGACGCUGGUGGCCAAGGCCGGCGACGGCUUUGUGGCUGGCCCUGAGCUUACUUAUGGCGACCUCCACCUCUUCCACGCCCUGAGCACCAUCAUCAGCGGCUGGAUGGACGGCGUGCCCAAGACAGCUCUGGACGGCUUCCCCGCCCUCCAGGCCCACCGCAACAGGGUGGCCAGCGUCCCACAGGUCAAGGCCUUCUAUGAGAGGGAGGACAACCAGGACGACAUGCGCCAGGCCUACAAGCCUAACGCGUGA